GUGCCCCUUGUCCUCUCUCUCUCUCUCUCUAUAUAUAUAUAGAGAUUGAUUACCAUCGCUUCACGGGCGACAUCUAUAGCAGCCGCAGCGACAAUGAGCGUCUCCGUGAACAAGCUGGCCCCGGAGCUCGUGGCCGCCGCCGAGCCGACGCCGUCGGGCCACCUCCCGCUCUCCUGCAUGGACCGCACCGCGGUGGUCAGGAUCCUGGUCGACCUGAUGCUCGUGUUCAAGCAAGGCGUGCAGCCGGCGAAGGCCUUCAGGGCGGCGCUGUCCCGUGCUCUCGUCUCUUACUACCCCGUUGCCGGGCGGAUCGUCGAGCCGAUCCCUGGCGAGCCCGAGGUGGCCUGCACCGGCGACGGGGUGUGGUUCGUCGACGCCUCCGUGGAUUGCAGUCUCAAAGAUGUUAACAACCUGGAGCGCCCUCUCCUGCUGCCCAAGAAGGAGCUCAUCCCAUUUGCUCCCCCUGACGUGAACGAGGAAGACUUGAUCUUCAUGAUGCAGGUGACGGAGUUCACAUGCGGUGGAUUCGCAAUGGACAUCAGAUUCAAUCACACAGUAUUCGAUGGCCUCGGGGCAGCCCAGUUCUUGAAAGCAGUCGCCGAGAUCGCAAGAGGCCACGCUCGUCCCCUCGUUGAGCCUGUCUGGUGCAGGGAAGCCAUCCCCCGUCCGCCAAAGCUAUCGCAACGACACGCACCCGCCCCCGCUGUCGUCUACUUCGAGUCCUCCGUGUUCGACAUCCCCUCCGACCACAUCGACGCGGUUAAAAACCAGUUCUGCAGGGAGGCGGGCCAGGAGUGCUCCACCUUCGACGUGGUCACGGCUAUGAUCUGGCAGUGCCGGACGAGGGCGAUAAGCUUGGAUUCCCACGCCGACGUGUACCUCAGCUUCACCGCCAACGCCCGCCACCUGCUGCGCCAGCUGCUGCCGCAGGAAGGCUUCUAUGGCAACUGCGUGUACCCCAUGGGAAUCAAGGCGACCGCUGGGACCAUCGCUGGUUCCUCGCCGGUGGAGGUGAUCGAGCUGAUCCGGGACGCCAAGGAGAGGAUGUCCACCAAGUUCUUGGACUGGAUGAUGGGGGACGCAGAGGCCGACCCGGACAAGGUGCCGCUGGAGUACGGGACGCUGGUGGUGUCGGAUUGGAGCCGGGUGGGGUUCUCAGAUGUGAACUAUGGGUGGGGAGAGCCGACUCAUGUCGCUCCGUUGAACGACGACCACAACUUCGUCGCUUCCUGCAUCUACCUGCAGCCGUCCAAGCCUAAGCAGGGCGUGAGGUUGCUGACACGAUGUGUUCAAAAGGAACAUCUACCGGCCUUCACCGAAGAGACGAUGAACUUUGUCCAUAAUUAGCAUGACGGCAACCAUCCUCCCUCCACCUGCCUUGAAGGAACAGUUGAUGCAGUCACUUCAGCCUUUCGAUCCGCAGCCUGUAUCUUGUUGUUCAUGUUGUUCUACAAGUGAUCUAAAACAUGUGAUGCUAAUAAAUGUGACACAGUCCAAUUAAAUCCUUA